AUGGCAGCACCAACCCCGAAAAGUCCCCCCCCCCCCCCCCCCCCAACCCUCCCCUCCCCUCCCUCCUCCUCUGACUCAUCCAUAGAAACUCCUGCGCGUCUCCACCUGACUCACUCCUCCCUGCUCCUCCAGCCGGUCUCCUCCUCUCCCUCCGCCUCACACUCACCCCUCAGCGGCGGCCUCACACCCCCCAGCGGCGGCCUGACACCCGGACGAAGCACCGGCAUGCUGUGGAAGUCCCGGAGCAAGAUCGAGGCCGCGCAGAGAAGUGGACCCUGCCGACCCCUCCCCUCGUUCUGCCGGGCGCGCGCAGAAACUAUAAGUAGUGCUCUCAUGGAGAGGCUGCACGAGUCCGUAGAGCAGGAGAGCAGCUGCUGCGCCUCAUCUGAUGGAGCGCUGAGCGGGAUCCCGCCCGGACACACCUGUGCGUCGCCUUCACUUCUCGUUCGGGGCUUCCGGAGCUUCCAGAUGUUGAUCCACAGCUACACGGCCAUGGAGCGCGCGGACGGACUCAGCGGCUCCUCCCCGGGGGGGCGCCUCUCCCAGCUGUCCUCCCUCAACCAGGCCGCCUACUCCGCGGCCCCGCCGCUCUGCCACACUCCGGCCUCCGACUUCCAGCCGCCGUACUUCCCCCCGCCGUACCCGCAGUCCUCCCUGCCCUACUCCCAGAGCCAGGACUCGGCCUACUCCCACCUGUCGGACCCCUACCCCUCCAUCAACUCCAUCCACCAGCACCAGCAGGCGGCAUGGCACGCGCAGAGGUCGCGCUCCGAGGAGGGGGGGCUGCUGUCUCAGUCUCACCGGGCGCUGGGCCUGGACCCCCGCAGAGAAUACCCCGCCGUGCCGCGGCUCCUGCACGGCCUCGGAGAGGGGGCGGCGGCUCUGGGGGACGGAGCUCUGGGGAUGCACCUGGGCCACCACGGCCUGGAGGACCUUCAGGGAAUGGAGGAAGGAUCCGCCCUGGGCAUCCUGGACCACUCUGUCAUUAAAAAAGUGCCCAUCCCGGCCAAGCUGAACGGCUCGGCCCUGUCGGCGCUGUCCAUGGGGAAGGAGGGGCUGGGCAUGGGCGCCGUGUCCAACCCGGCCGAGGUCUUCUGCUCCGUCCCGGGACGCCUGUCGCUGCUCAGCUCCAACUCCAAGUACAAGGUGACGGUGGGGGAGGUGCAGCGGCGCCUGUCGCCCCCCGAGUGCCUGAACGCCUCCCUGCUGGGCGGAGUGCUGCGCAGGGCGAAGUCCAAGAACGGCGGCCGCUGUCUGCGGGAGCGUCUGGAGAAGAUCGGCCUCAACCUGCCCGCCGGGCGCCGCAAGGCCGCCAACGUCACCCUGCUGACGUCGCUGGUGGAGGCGGAGUACCUGUGCAGGCAGGGCGACCCGGACCAGCUGCCCACCCGCCGCAGCAUGCUGCUGGCCACAAAGGAGAUCUGUAAGGAGUUCCUGGACCUGCUGUCCCAGGACCGGUCCCCGCUGGGCGGCGGCCGGCCGGCGCCCUGCCUGGAGGCCGGCGUGCAGGCCAGCCUGACCCACUUCAGUCUGCUGACCCACGGCUUCGGGGGGCCGGCCAUCGGCGCCGCGCUGGCCGCCUUCCAGAGCUACCUGCUGGAGGCCCUCAAGCUGCUGGACAAGGCCCAGAACGGUGGGAAGGGCCUCCACGACAAGGACCUGAAGCUCCGCAAAUAG